AUUAGUUUCCUUCAAGUUAUUUGGGAAGUGACUGAGAUUUCAAGCUAAAAUGUUGAUGAAUAGCCUGAGAGGCCUUCUUCAAAUCUCUCCAUGUAAAUCUCUGUGGAGAAGAUUCCAGAUUCCGAUGUCCAUGCCAGUGAGGCCCUGCAGCCUCUACACGUGCACUUAUAAAACCCGGAACCGAGCCUUGCACCCACUCUGGGAGAGCAUGGAUCUGGUUCCAGGGGGCGAUCGCCAGUCACCCAUCAACAUCCGGUGGAGGGACAGUGUCUACGAUCCUGGCUUAAAACCACUCACUAUCUCUUAUGACCCGACCACCUGCCUCCACGUCUGGAAUAAUGGCUAUUCCUUCCUCGUGGAAUUUGAAGAUUCUUCAGAUAAAUCAGUGAUCGAGGGAGGACCCCUGGAACACAACUACCGAUUGAAGCAGUUCCAUUUUCACUGGGGGGCCAUCGAUGCCUGGGGCUCUGAGCAUACUGUGGACAGUAAAUGUUAUCCAGCAGAGCUGCACCUGGUACACUGGAAUGCAGUCAAAUUUGAAAGCUUUGAGGAUGCAGCCCUGGAAGAAAAUGGCUUGGCAGUGAUAGGGGUGUUUUUAAAGCUGGGCAAACAUCAUAAAGGCCUACAGAAAUUGGUGGAUACUUUGCCAUCCAUUAAGCAUAAGGACACCAUUGUGGAGUUUGGGUCCUUCGACCCUUCCUGUCUGAUGCCUGCCUGCCCGGAUUACUGGACCUACUCAGGGUCCCUGACUACCCCGCCGCUCUCUGAGUCCGUCACCUGGAUCAUUAAGAAGCAGCCGGUGGAGGUUGAUCACGACCAGCUUGAGCAGUUUCGGACCCUGCUUUUCACUUCCCAGGGGGAGAAAGAGAAAAGAAUGGUGGACAACUUCCGCCCUCUGCAGCCACUCAUGAACCGCACAGUCCGUUCGUCCUUCCGUCAUGAUUACGUGCUGAAUAUACAAGUGAAACCCACGCCCUCGGCCAGCCAAGCGACCCCCUAAAUGACUCAUAUCAAAGCAGUAUUUUGCUCUUGUACGCACUAGCUUUUAAAAAAUUAACCAGACUAUUCUAAACGCUUGCACUUAUAGCUAAUUUAUAGAUAAGCAUUUCUGGGUACGGCAGUGCUCCCUAGUGAGGAAUGCUCCUGAAUAAACCAAUUCUUGUUUUUAUUGAUGAUAUGCAUCACCUGAAGAGGCCAGCAAGACACAGGUUUCUGUUACAGCAACCUGUUGGUAAUUGUAAUGUCUUCAUGUCGGAUGUUUUGCGCUGUGCUUUUGUGUUUGUCAGUUAGUGGUUCUACAGCGUCAGAAGUAGAAACUAUGAACAAAGUAUUUAACAGUUGGGAAGGCACCUCAGGAGACAGGCCUUCCAGAGACACCUGGGGGCCCAACUGGUGCGUCCUGGCUGAAUGCUGGCCAUGCUGUUAGUUUAUUUAAACUUCAAGGACUUUUUCUGCCUAGAAAGCCUAGGCAGAACAUUUUCAAGAAAAUGCUUACAGUACACCUAGGAUUUAAAAAGGUUUCGGGGUGUAUUUACAGAAAUAUUUUUCAAAAGUAAUAUAUUAGUCUAUAAUGUCUAGUAUUAACUUAUAUUACCUGUAUUCUGUGUCAUAGUAUAUGAUAUUUUCUACCAUGACAGAACUAUCUUGGCUUCCCUUCAAAACUUUCUGAACUUUAUUAGUCAAGGUUCUGUGCAUGGCAGGUGAUCAAUAUGUCUCCCAAUUGAUAGUGGUUUAGAAGACUUUCUGCAGUAAUAGAGAAUACUUGUAGAUUAGGGUAAAAUCUAGAUAAUUCUGUGUAUUUUGAGGAAUCCAUGCCACCAUUGCCUUGUUUGCACGUGUGCUGGAAUGUUUUUAAUUGCCUAUAAGCCUGUGUCAGACUCAUAGUGCAUAAAUUAGCAUUAUUUCUUUCAUUAAUAUCCAGGCAUGUGGUGGCCUGCAAGGUAAAGUUGACAGGAGAUAUUUAACACUACUCAACUGUGCACUGGAAAACAUUAAGAUGGUAAGUUUUCUGUUCAGGUUUCCUCCACUAUUUAAAAGAAGGGUGCUCCUGUUUGGUAGAAUUUGGUAGGGUUAUUUUUGGGGUGUAGGAAUACUCGAUUUUUUUGUCCAUAUAAAUUAAUAGUAAUAGCAUUCCCAGAUUCUACUUCUCACCCCAGUAACCUACCAAAUAGGAAUGUCCUGCUUUUAAAUAGCAAAGGAAACCUCUAGUGUCUAUUACCACAAUUAAAUGAUACAGCCAGUAGGAAAAGAAGACAAAUUUGGGGGGCUAGCUCUGCUCUCAAGAGUAGGGGAGGGUGAAGACAUUUGCUUUCAGAGUGCGUAGCUUCUCCAAAACAGAGGCACCCCAGGAAAUGAAUAAAAUUAUUAAAAAGAUAAAUGUGGGGACGUUUAUGUUAAUUUCAUGUAAGUGGUGUAUCUCAUACCACAGGUAGAGGCUAAGCACACAAGAGCUGCAUUUUCCCUGGCACACAGGCUUCCCUCUAGGUCUCUUGCAAACUCUUAGUGCAAAGUUCUGUUGCAGUGAGACUUGCAAAUUGGAGAGCUUACCGGAGACACCCUCCUUGCCUGAACAGCUUCGAGAUACACAGGCUGUAUUCACAGGUGUGCUCCGGUUGGCUUCCCCUGACUGACUCAGAUCAGGUACUCUGAUGUAAUUAUUAAUAGUACCCCAUUAACUCCGAGCCAUGUCCUAGGCUGCAUGGUAAAUUCUUGGUCACAUUCCCUGCAGAGUUAUGGAAACUGCCUUGGGGUUUUCCUCAAUGACUUAGUCAUAUGAUGAGGGGUGCCCUGGCUACUGAUACACCCUAGCACUUUUUACAAAACUUUUUACUUAUACUUUCUGAGACAUGAAGGGGAAAAUGAAUUUGA